UGGUGGUGGCAUUUCUACGAAUCCACAAACCCCAUCCACAUGGACGCUUCACCGCUCACGAGAAAAUAAGUUCCUCGGCGGAGCGAUUCAUCCUGCUGCUGCUGCUACUACAGCCGCUCUCUGCCCCUGUCCCUGGUGCUGAAACCUUAACGGCUCAGAGGCUCGAGGCGGUACGGAUUUUGGACAGCGCGCGACGCCGCGAUUGUUGCCCAGAACCCAAGGGCGACCGAGAUGGACGGCGCCGCGCUGGGGAAAACAAGGCGAUCGCCGUCUCUGACGGCGUCCAUCCAGCUGGAGGAGACCGUCUCCUGGAUCCACGCCCCCGCCGACUCGCACCCCCUGCUGCUCGGAAAGAACGGCGGAGGCGGCAUCGGCGUGGGCCUCAUGAGCAGCAUGGCCCCGCUGACGGCCUCCUCGACGCGCGACGCGGCGCCUCCGCGCACGGUGAUGCUGCUGUCGGCGCAGGAGGCGGCCCAGAUCUACCACACCAACUACGUGCGCAACUCGCGCGCCAUCGGCGUGCUCUGGGCCAUCUUCACCAUCUGCUUCGCCAUCAUCAACGUGGUGGUGUUCGUGCAGCCCUACUGGGUGGGCGACGGCGCCGAGACGCCGCGCGCCGGCUACUUCGGCCUCUUCCACCUCUGCGUGAGCGGCGGCGUCUCCAAGGUCGACCUCAAGUGCCGCGGCUCGUUCGCCGACUUCUCCACCAUCCCGUCGAGCGCAAUGCGCGCCGCCUCCUUCUUCGUGGGCGCCUCCAUGGUGCUCACCGUCACGUGCAUCGUCUGCUUCGCGCUCUUCUUCUUCUGCAACACGGCCACCGUCUACAAGAUCUGCGCCUGGAUGCAGCUCACGGCCGCCGUGUGCAUGGUGCUCGGCUGUCUGAUCUUCCCGGAUGCGUGGGACGCGGCGGAGGUGCGCGCCCUGUGCGGCGAGCGCGCUGACAAGUACACGCUGGGCGAGUGCUCGGUGCGCUGGGCCUACAUCCUCGCCAUCAUCGCCAUCCUGGACGCCAAGGUGCUCGCCUUCCUCGCCUUCGUGCUGGGCAACCGCCAGGAUGCGCUGCUGCCGCCCGACUUCAAGCUCGAGAGCAAGGCUUGAGUACUCCGCGGCGGGACGAGGAGGAAGAGGAGGAGGAGGAAGAGGAGGAGGAGGAGGCGCCGGGCGGACUGCGCUGUGGACUCGUGACUGCCGGACUGCAGAGGCGUUCGUGUUUUGUUGAAGCGUCACCGAUCGGCCGGGCUCAGCCGGCCGCCGUCACGGCCUGUGACGUCACAGACCGGUCGUCACGGCCUGUGACGUCACAGACCGGCCGUCACGGCCGUGACGUCACAGAACGGCCGUCACGGCCGUGACGUCACAGAACGGCCAUCACGGCCUUCACGGCCGCCGGCUGCUGUACAAGG